AGCAAUCCCACCUGCAGAAUUUAACAGCCUUCGUCAGAAAGUUUCUAUCAUGGAAAAUGAAUUGUCUAACAAUGUGAUCAAGCUUAACUCGGCAGAGAAGGCCAAAAGUGCUGCAAUGUCUAAAUGUUCCAAGCUGGAGGAAGAGAUUAAAAAACUCAAAGGAACAGAGAGUGACUCGGAGGGAAUGUGGACCAAGAGGUUAGAGGAGCUCAAUCAACAGCUGCGUAAGAGUGAGAAUGAGAAGAAGACACUGGCUGAUAGACUCAAGACAGCCGAGAAGGACUGUGCUGGGGUCAAGACUAGACUGCAGGAACUCGAGAAGGCCUUAAAUGGAAAUGAUGCCAGCUCUUGA